UAAACCUCCCUCCAUUAAAAUUGAGAGUGAGAAUGUGGCAUUGAUAAAGACUUUGGGACUUCCGGGUGCCAUGUCAAUCAUUGUAGGUACUAUAAUAGGUUCUGGAAUAUUUAUUUCACCCAAAGGUGUGCUGAACUAUACAGGAUCUGUGGGACUAUGUUUGUUAGUGUGGGUCGGGUCCGGUUUGAUAUCUUUAAUGGGCUGUUUGUGCUAUGCAGAACUUGGAACGAUGUUACCUCAAACCGGGGGAGAAUAUGUUUAUUUGAAAACAGCUUUUGGAGAUAUUCCAGCCUUCUUAUUUGCUUGGUUUAACAUUAUGAUUUCUAAGACCUCGUCCUUUGCAAUCGUCACUUUGACAUUUGCUACGUAUGCUGUAUCAUUCUUUAGCAUGUGUGGAGGACCUCAACUACCAGUGAAGCUCAUUUCUGCGAUAACUAUUAUUUUAGUCGGUAUAAUAAACAGUUGGAGUGCAACAUUAGCUGCAAGAAUACAAAUUAUUUUUACAUUCGCUAAAGUGUUAGCUUUAGUGGUAAUCAUCAUAGGGGGCUUUGUGAAGAUAGCCCAAGGUCAUACAUCAGUGCUUUCCAGUGGUUUUGAAGGAACUUUGAAUUCUCCGUUUGUCAUAGCACUGGCAUUUUACCAGGCCUUGUGGGCAUACGGUGGAUGGCAAAACCUAAAUAUGGUUGCAGAGGAAAUAAAAAACCCACCAAGAGAUAUCCCACGAGCGCUUGUUAGCAGUGUCAUAAUUGUUAUAACCUUGUAUGUGUUAACCAACAUAUCUUAUCUAACGGUAAUGACUGUUGAUGAACUUCUUGAUUCCCCAGCAGUUGCAGCGACAUGGGGAGAGAAAGUUCUGGGAGCUGCCAAGAUGAUUAUUCCUUUGUCUGUAAUGGUAUCAACGUUUGGUUCCACCAAUGGUUCAGCCUAUGUUGGUGGAAGACUUAUCUUUGCUGCUGCUAGAGAUGGAUUUUUACCCGAGGUAUUGUCUUUUCUUCACGUGAGGAAAUAUACACCCAUACCGUCUAUGAUAUUAAGCAUAACCGUCGCACUAUUGAUGAUAAUACCCGGCAGUAUAAGUAGUCUCAUUAACUUCUUUAGUUUUACUGCUUGGUGCUUUUACGGAAUGACUUUUGCAAGUCUACUAGUAAUGCGAUAUACAAAGAAGGACACCCCCAGGCCUUAUAAGGUCCCCAUAGUUAUACCAAUACUAAUGGUGUUCGUCUCAAUUUAUUUGGUUGCUGCACCAAUAAUUUACGAGCCAAAAAUAGAAUUCCUCUACGCUUUUGUUUUUGUGAUGUCUGGUCUUCUUUUUUAUUUCCCAUUGGUAUAUUAUAAUCUACAUUUUAAAUGUAUUGAUACUAUUACCAUGUAUAGUCAACUACUCCUGGAAGUAUCGCCACCAAAAUCGAAAGAAGACAAGUUGUAACCACGUUUAUUAAACGAACAAAAUAAAAUAGCUAGCACCAAUAUUAAUUUAAUAACC